GCUCAGUCGCCCUCGACACCCUACCCCUUCCACACCUGCUGCCUCACAAUCCCUUCCACAACCACCACCCCCGUCACAGAGAAUAUCGGAAACGGAGAAAAAACAACUUCAGGGAAAAGUGCCAAGCCAAAGGAUGUCGAAAAGGAAAGGCAAGUUAAUGAAGGAUGCUGUACACGGGUACAUCUCCCUCGACCCGCUCUGCGUCGCCAUCACCAACACCCCACAGUUUCAGAGACUCAGAUACCUGAAGCAGUUGGGGGUAACUUACUUCGUGUACCCGGCCGCUGCCCACAACCGCUACGAACACUCUAUAGGCACGUGUUACUUAGCGGGCCAGAUGGUGGAGCACCUGCAGCAGGAGCACCCAGACAUGGUCAGCGAGAAGGACGUGUUGUGUGUGAAGGUGGCCGCCCUCUGCCACGACCUCGGCCACGGACCCUUCAGCCACUGCUGGGAGGCUUUCAUCAGAGCUGCCAAUCAAGAUGCAAACUUUUGUCAUGAAAAUAUGUCAGUGCAUAUAUUUGAGGACAUAUAUAAUAGCAUGAAGAAAACGUUUGAAAGUGAGGGUUUGAAAAAAAAAGACAUAGAUUUCAUCACGGAACUUAUUGACCCACGCAGGAAGGACGAGCAGGAGCAAAAGAAAUCAGAUGACCCGGAUAGAAAAAGAAGAAACAUGUCUUUCUUCUAUGAGGUAAGUCAAUGUAUAUAUUUGAGCCUUACACACACGCAGGCAUGCACGCACGCACGUGAGGAAGUCCAGUUUCCGGUCAUGGUACACAGUAGUGUCAGUGUGGUAACACCGGGGAUUUCCUGA